CAAAGGUUGGCACUCAACCAAGCGCACACUGUUCUCUUUGGGGAUACCCCUUAAAUACCUUUUCCCUUAUAUCAGCCUGUUGCAUAUUCAUAGACCUUUAUGCAUAGUAAACUUUUCCCCCAAACCAGUUUACAUGUUCCAAGAAUUGUUCAGCAUAUCUCCUCCUUGGAUCCGCCUUUUUAGAGCAUGCGUAUUCCUGGGUUGUGCUUUUAGUCCUUUUUUAUCAUCAUCGUCUUCAGUUUUGGGCCUUGGUCCACUCUGUCUUCAGACAGUGAGUGCUGAUAGUUGGCAUCUCUGUAGCAGGUGUCCUCAUCCUUUGUUCACUGGAUGUUAUGCAAUCCAAGCAGGCAUUUUAACACAAGCAUACUUUUAUCAGCUAUUUCACUACUAUGUCUAAGAUUAAUUAAUACCAGAAAUAAAAAUGAUAUCUUUAUAACAAAGUUACUUUCACAUCCCACAUAUAAAAUCCAUUUUAAUAUUUGCAGAAAGCCAAUAUUAUAAUAUGUAUCUAUAACACUCGGGCUCCUCUUGGUUGCUGCAAUAUCAUCUCUUCCUUCCCUUGGAUUUGUCCCUCCCAGCUCUCGGAGCUUCUGCACCAACAUACCCCAUACCCCAUCCCCCAUCUGCUGCAGGACAUCCUGUGAGUCCUGGGAGCUGUGGGGGGCGCUGCCAUGGCAACAGUCGGUCCCGACAUGUCUCGACAGUGGCUUUGGGCACGUUGUCACAAUCGGUUCAGACACAUCCCAACCGUUGGUCCCGUCACAUUGGGAUGCCGGCUCCAGGACAUUGUCACACCUCCCACACUCUAUGACAACGCCAUGGCAGCUGUGCCUACCGGCUCAAAAUCUCGGCCCCUCCGUCCCGGAGACUCCUCCCCGGGGUCCCUUCUCCCACGCCGUCGGCAGCUUCGCCCACCAGGACUUCAGUCCCUCCUUCCCAAGGUCAAGGGCUCCAGCAGUCCCAUUGUGAUCCUUCAUGAUGUGCCCAAACAGCCUGAAUCACAGCCCUCUGUCAGAUACAAACCAAAGACCACCAGAAUCAUCACCAGGGACCUGAUCCGGGACCUCAUCAUUCCCCAGGAGAAGCCCCAAUCAUGUCUCAUCAUUGAGGAAAAGGAAUAUGAGAGGAUCAAGGAAUCAGCUCGAGCCCUGACUGAGGUGGAGCGUUGGAACAGGCUGAAGACUCUGGGAGCCAGACAGGAUGCUGCUUUUGAAGCCCUGAAAAAGGCCCAGAUCGAGGAGCAGAGAAAGGCAGAACUGGAGGACAAGAGGGACCUUUGGAGAGACGUGGAGGAGGAGCUGCAGCAAGAGGAGCAGAAGCUGCUGCAGCGGGCGACAAGGAUGAGGCUGGAGCAGGAGGAAGACAUGCGGGAACUGAAUGCGCUGUUCCUCAAUGCCAAGUGCAACAUGAUCCGGGACAAGCAAGUCCUGGAGAAGCAGAUGAUCCACAAGGAACUGGCGGAGGAGGAGAAGCGCCUGGACAAGAUGAUGGAAGUGGAGCGGGAGAAGGGCAUGGAGGUCCAGGAGGAGCUGGAGCGCCAGAGGAAGCAGGAACUGAUGAGAGCUCGGCAGGGCAUUGUGAAACAGAUGGAGCAGAAUGCAGAGGAGCGGGCACUGAGGGCAGAGGAGCUGUACCAGGAGGGCCAGAGGCAGCUGGAGCGACUGGAGCAGAUGAAGAGAGAGGAUCGGAAGGCCUGGGAGCAGAAACAGGAGCGACUAAAGCAAAUCCAUGCUGAUAUUAAACGUUUCAAUGUGGAAAGCCAGAGGCUGAAGGAUCAACAGCAGGAGCAGGAGAGGCUGGAGGAUGAGCGGGUGCUGGAGCAGCAGCGGCAGAAGGCUGAGCGCGAGGCUGCCUUGGAGGCGGAGCAGCAACAACUGCGCCAGGAGAAGGAGAAGGAGCUGGCCCGGCUCAGGGCCACACAGGAGCGGGCCCAGGACUGGCAGGCAGAGCAGGAUGCUCUGAGGGCCAAGAGGAACCAAGAGGUCGCAGACUGGGAAUGGCGGCGGCAGGAGCUGGAGAAGGCGCGGAAGAAGGCUGAGCUGGAGCAGCAGCUGAAGCAGGACCGGCUGGAGCAGGUGGCCCAGAAGGAGCAGUACCUGGCCAUGCAGGUGCAGCAAGACCGCCAGGAAUUCCAGAGGGUGCUCAGGGCCCAUCAGGAGCAGCUGGAGCGGGAGAAGCUGGAGCAGGAGCAGAGGGAGCUCCGGCAGCGCGCCCAUGCCGAAGAUCUCCGGCGGCAGAUCCAGGAGCUGCAGCAGCGGCGGCAGAGGGAGCGGGCGGCUGUCAUUGAGGAGGGCCAGCGGCAGCAGCAGGAGGUCCGGCAGCGCAGCCAGCGCCUCGCCCAGUUCAGGCAGCAGAAGCUGCAGGAGUUCAGAGCCACUGGAAUGCCUGAAAAGUACUGUGCCCAGGUGGAGCGCAAAGCCCAGACCCAAGCCAGCAGAGCCCCCUCCUAGGCCUAGCCCCACCAGGAACCAGUUCCAAUUCCCCACGGAUUUGGGGUUCUGUUUGCAUUGACUAGAUUUUCCAAUAAACUAUGUUUUUGAGAA